UUUAAGGGCUGGUUGAUGAUCCUGAAGAAGGUAGCCAUGCUGUGGAUGACGGUAGCAGCCGCGUGUAUGGCCGCGCUGCUCGCCCCGGUCUCCGCCCUCUCACCUAGACUUCCAUGGUUCGACGCAGAGGAUGUCCUCCCGCAGGAGCUGUCAGAGGAUGAACCCAUCUGGAGGAGAGACCUUGGAGAUGAGCUGAUGGCAGAGAAGCGAGCUCUGUCAGUUCUGUCGAGGUGGAAGCCCUUCACGGACACAUUCAGGAAUAGCGGUAGACCCAGCCGAGCACACAAUAUCAACGAGUUCCUUCCUAGAGGACUAGAGGUAGUAUCAGCGGAGACGCGGGGUACGCUGCGCCCCCAUGGACAGCCCCUCAGGUGGGGGCGACGUCGCUAGUCCCCCCUCCACUUCCUUGUACAGCAACCAAUCAGAUAAGACAACGUCUCCUCACGAUGACGUCAUAGCACCGUGGGGCCACUUUAUCUUGUAGACAGAACUAUGUAUCAUUAUAUUAGACUUUGUUUUGUUUCAACUUUGUGAUUAAAAUUGCUUUAAAAU